AUGGAUGUGAAUCCAACCCAGGAGUCGACUCAGCCAUACUCCGAUCCUCGUCGAGUAGGAUCGCAUAAUUCUGGUCUGCUAGAUCAAGAUGUGGCAGACAUUCUUUGCAUCUUGCAUCCAGGGUCCCAUUAUGCUCACGAGGCGGUCGAUGCUACUGCACAGCAGCACCGAGGUCAUCAACAUAUACUCCAACGCGAUGAGUUCGAAUAUGAUCCUGUAGACUCACCAGCUCGAGAUAUCGCCCUACGACUGUCGUCGUCUGUUCAGGACUUGUCAAUGGGGUUUGUUUUUGGACGCAACCCACAACGAAGCGACAUUCUUCUCACUCCGGAAGUGACGUCCAAACAUAUUUCAAAUAUCCACUUCCGAAUUUUCCUAAACGAAGAAGGAAUCCUGAUGCUACAGGACCUGUCGACUAACGGCACCGUGGUCGAUAAUGCUCGCUUGUGGAAACGUAACGGCCAAACAACUCGUAUGCUGAUCAAUGGCUCUGUCAUUAUCGUGGCCUCGGACAAUCGGCAGAAUAAGGAAGUUCGCUUUGUCGUGCGUAUUCCCUCUCGGGAUGGCUUCAAUGUACAGUACACACAAAACCUCCUCGCAUAUCUGCAACGCGUUGCUAGACAUAAUGCAAAAGUACGCAAUCUUCAAGCCCGGGCGCCCCCUCCACAAUCAGCACUUCAGUUGACUCUGGGUAACCCUUACGGGAUGCACUGGACUGGCGGCUCAGUUUAUAAUGUCACCGGUCAAAUCGGAAAAGGUGCCUUUGCCACAGUCUACAAGUUGGCAACGAAACAAGAUGGUAUCGUGUAUGCGGCCAAAGAACUGGACAAACGCCGCUUCAUGAAGAAUGGGGUCCUUGACCAGAAGGUCGACAAUGAGAUGAAGAUAAUGAAAGACCUACGUCAUCCCAACAUUGUCCAGUACGUUGAUCACCAUGAGCAUGACCGUUGGAUCUAUAUCAUCAUGGAGUAUGUUGCUGGUGGAGAGCUUUCUGCGUACCUCGCAGUGCACGGAAAAAUCGCCGAGGAUAUGGUCAAAAGCAUCACCCGUCAGCUUCUCCAUGCCUUACAAUAUUUACACAAACGGAAAAUAACGCACCGAGACAUCAAGCCUGAUAAUAUCCUCAUAUCGUCCAUCGAUCCACUGCGCGUGAAACUUUCAGACUUUGGCCUUUCCAAGGUAGUGCAGGAAGAAACAUUCAUGAAAACAUUUUGUGGGACUUUACUGUACUGUGCGCCUGAAGUAUAUCCAGAAUACGACAACUAUAGGCAAGGCGCGGCCAGAAAGCGCCGUCGAUUUGGUGAUCCACCCCCGCGAACCUCUCCAUAUGACCAAUCGGUCGAUAUGUGGUCCCUUGGAGCAGUGCUAUUUCACGUUCUGUGUGGCUCACCGCCCUUUACUGGGCGUGGAGAUGACAGGGGGGCACAGAUGCUCCGUACCAUCAUGACAACAGAAGUAGAUUAUGAUGUUCUUCGAGAAGAAGGGGUAUCGGAAGAGGGUGUGGACUUUGUAUCGCAGCUCUUACGUACAGAUCCUCAUGAGCGCCCGAAUGAGAGGGAACUCUUCCAACACCCAUGGAUUUCAAAUGUUGCAGAUCUCGAUGAGUAUUCCGACGCAGAAGAUUUUCCGUUGGAGGAUGAGCAGCUCGCCAUGAUUAGAGAAGCAAUAGAAGAGGACUUGGAUGCUUCUCAAUUGUCAAUCAAUGACGAUCCAGCGUACAAUGGAGCUGCGAUACAUGUCAGGUCGGACCAGGCACAGUCGAAACGGCAGCGUCUUGACGAUGCUGACAUCAUUCGUUAUCCCUCCCUUCCACCCAUGGACAGCUUCUCGGUUCUUGACGUGUCGCCGAACCUGGAGGUUACAACAGCAAAUCGACUUUUUGGUGAAGUUACAUCAUCCGCUGUACGUAGCUCCGGAGUCCUCGACGGCCUCAGCCCACACGAUUUCAGCUCGAAGAGCGAUCAUUCUUCUGGUGAGUCGAUGGUGGAUGCGGACGAAUUGUCUGUUGGGGUACAUUCAUUUCCCAUGCCCGUAUUCGGAGGAUCUUUUCCCAGUCUUUUGGGAUCUGAUAGCUUUGUGGGACAACUCAAAAUGCCGUCUUCUCACGAAAGCUCAUUCAAGAGUUCUGCAGCUGCAGUUGAAAGGCCCGACACACCAUAUAGUAGUCACCGUGAACGAGAGGUGACGCCUGCUAAUCAGGAUAUUCCAGGCGAAGCACAAGAUGAACCCCACGCAACCGAAGUAACCCCCAAAGCCCUGCCUAUCCAUCGUCGUACCGAGCUUGUACUUCCUGACACAGCCAGCGAAAGUUCUAUUCCGCGAGCUGACGAAUACCGGGAUCAUGAGAGCGAUGCUACUACGGACGACCACAAACAAGCCGAACUAGCUGUGACGAUCGAUGCCCGUACAGGCAAGGAAAUAAUGCCUACAACGACGGACUCGAGCGGCCUGGAUCCUCCGCCGGCAGAGACCGAAACUGUAGCGAGCGGCAUUCCACGAAGUUUGACGCCGGCCGACUUCCGAAAACCACGGCGUUUACUUGGCAAACUAGUUACUGUUCCCGGUUCCAUUAUCGAUCUCACGUUACGGCUAGAAGGCCGAAUGACUUCAUGGGGCCGUGGCCCUCUAGCCACAGUAGUCUAUCCCGAGAGAAUGGAUACGCGCAUUCCAGCGUACGCAAUCGAAGUCACGUUUUGGAGUCCCGGCGUGGAAGCGCGGAUUGCCGAAGGAGCUGACUGGAUGGCUAUCCCAGACGUGAUGACGAUUCUCUCCACCAAGACACGCAAGUGUAUUUGGGUGAAUGGGGUUGAACUCCGUCGCGGCCGCCAGAUGGAGAAUGGCAGUGAAGCGUUUGACUUUGGGAAAUUGUACACAGACGACAUUAUCACUAUAUUCCAGAACGGUGAUAAAUACCUUCGCUUCCGAUGCGAGAUUUAUCAUGGCGAUAGCGCGCGACCUCGUCCUGAAAGCGAGAAAGGUUUCAUCGUGCGACAAGUGCUACACCCAAAGAGCGAUUCGAAUAGAAAUCGCCAACCAAACAACAGGAUCCCAGAUAGCGACAAGCUGUACGCAUAG